ACAAGCCCUUGGCGAUGGGAAAGAGAACUGCAGUCGGAAGGGGAGGAUACUAGAAGUCGAGGAGUCGAGAGUCGAGACUUGGAGAUUUAAACCUGCUUAUUCAUAGUUCGGCAAGCAGCCAGAAUGAACCAUGUAGAUCUAGUUUUGGUAAAAGAUGGAUCACGAUGUACUCGCUUUUCUGUUUGGCACGGGCAGAUGGUAGCAAAUGGUGUGUGUAUGGUUCAAGACAAUAUAUGAUGGAUUAAAACAGUUUUUAAGGUUUCUGCUGCACUAUCUCUCUCUCUCUCUUUCUCUCUCUCUCUUUCUCUCUGGCUGUAGUGUGUUUGAGUGUGGUGAGUGAACCAAAGAGGACAAGAUGAGUAGCUCAGCAGAGGACGGCCUCAUGAACCUCCUGGAGGCCAUGUUGGCCCUGGCAGCCCGUGAGGCCAGGCGGCCAAAGCCCCCUCCGGUCAAGCCCGGUGGAUACCCUGAGGACCAGUUUGUGGACCUCUCAGAGGAGGAGAAGGAGGAGUUCUCCUGUAGUAUCUGUUACCAGAUCUUGAAGGAAACAAUGCAGUGUGUGAAUCACCAUAAGUUCUGCCACUCGUGCCUCCUGGUGUGGUCAACCACUGGACAGUAUGCAAACCGUAUCAGGUGUCCAGUCUGCCGCACUCACGGCUACUACUUUCGCAACAACGAAGUAGAUGAUCGUAUUGGUGUGAAGAAAGUAAAGUGCCACAUGGACUCGUGUAAGUGGUCGGGACAAUGUAAAUACCUUCUGUCUCAUCGCCACACCACGUACGGGGACGCUGGCACCAACCGCCCCGGUAGCAGUGCCAGCAGCGUUGCUUCGAUUCCUCGCUUAUCUCAGGUCCCUCCUCACGUCCCCCCAGCGGUAGGCGCCCGAUUUGUCGGCACUGGGCUCACUACUCGGGAUUCUGCCGAUUCACUGCGAGGUGGCGACAGUGCCACUCCACGGGGAACUCUGGCGAAUCGCGGGAGGUUGUUGGCCAGCUCGAGCCCACAGAGCAGCACAAGUCAGGAGACGGUGAUAGAACUUCCACCGCCAUCAGGAAGUGGGGCCCCUAGGGGGAAUAACCCAGCUCCCCGGAGGGUCCCACCCGUUCGCGCUUCCAGCAACAACAGGAUUGUUUUCAACCACUCUGGGUCACACCGGGAUGGAAACAACAAUGUGGGCGGGGCGGGUUCUGUGGCGGUGCGGCCGUCCGGUCCCCCCAACGUCAGCGAGUCGUCAGAGUCUGUAUCCAGCUCCAUCACGGGCGGCUUCACUCCCAGACCCCCCUCGGCUCCGCGUACAUCUUCCAAUGUCGUGAACACCCGCAGGCUGCCUCGGAUCACCAAUCCCCCGCCCCCUCGGGGCCUCCCGCUGAGGAGGCACCAGCCACCAGAGGCUGUUUCUUUAGGGGCAUCAGCGUCUUCCUCUUCACCACAACGGCCCUCCGCCCCUGCAGAAAAUCUCGGGGAAAUCCGCGACAGGCUGCAGGAGAGUCGGAACCGUUUGGAUAACCUGAUGUCCUCUUUCUCCGGGGAGCUGGACCGAAGCCGACAGGAAAUGGCAGACUUUCAGCAGGAGAGGGAGCGGCAACGGAGGGAACAGCUGGAGGAAGUACGGGAGCUGGGGCAGCGUCUGGGUCAGGUCGCGUCGGAGCUGAGACGUCUGCUAGAGCACAGGAGGCAUCUUCCAGUCUUCAGCGACGACGACGACGAUGAUGAUGAUGAUGAGGAGGAGGAGGAGGAGGAAUAGAAAUGUUAUUGGCCUUGGAGGAAUGAGGGAGGAAGGAGAUGGUAGUUGUAAGGGAUUUUGAGGAUUACUUUGAUCAAAAAAAGGAGGAACUAUGCAUGUGUUUGUGUGACUGCUGAAGCAGUAGAGACAUCUGCGGUAUUCAGAGAUUAGGAAGAAAAAGGGGUCAAGAGAAUGGAGGACAUUGUUCAUCCUCAGUCGUGUUAAUGUCAAUUGUGAUGAGGAAAAGAUUGUUGGUAUUCGACAACGAUGAUGAGGGUGAUAAUGUGGAGGAUGUUAUUUAUGUUAAGGGAUGUAAUGACAACAGUGAUGAGGUGGUUAAUAUAUCUAGCCUGUUAUUUUUAUAUUUAGCAAAGAUGAUGACACAAGUGAUGAUGAAGCAGAUAGUGAUGGGGAUAUUAUUUAUCUUUAACGAUGAUGAUGAUAACUGCAGUAAUGAAGAGGAAGUGAUUGAUCUCCAGCAUGAAUGAUGAGCGUGAGGAUAAGAAGGAGCUGAAACAGUUGUGGGAGGAGUCAUCAUAGCGAAGAAGUACUCUAAGAGUAUUUGAAUAUCGAAGAAAAUAUUUUGUGUGUGUUAAUGUACGGCUAGUAAGCUGUGUCUAAUCAUUCUUUAUGAUGGUAGGAGUGAACGCUGUGAAUGGAAUGCAAGGGUGACUGGAAAAA